ACCCCGGGAUCCGAUCGCUCGCUCUUGGUGCGUUUUGGUUCGCUUUGUAAAGCGAAGGCCCACACCGGAAGUAACGUGACCGGGGAGAGUGGUUAGGGAGCUGCUGCUAAUGUGCGGCACCGUUCCGAGCGUACGUCAAGCGUGAAAAGGCACCUCACCAAUCGACACACCUUUUCCUUCCGGCGGCCGACAACCCGCAACCCGCAAGAAUCCCAGAACAUCACGCAGCAGUGCCACGGACAGGUUCAAUGGGCUGUACCCGCUCAUGCGUGUGUGUGUGUGUGUGGGUUUUCUUUUCAAUUUAGCUUGACGUUUGAAUCCGGUGGCAGCGUGUGUACAGGGGAAGGUUGCGUGAAGCGUCAACCCCGACACGGCACAGGGGGUUGUACCUUACCUGUCAGCAGGGAUGAUACACAGGUGCUUGAAGAGCCGGAGAGAAAUGAGCGAAGUUGAAAGAGAGUGAGCGAAGGUGAGGGUGCAUUAUCGCGCGAGCUGCCGGCGCCCGUUGUGCGCGUAAGGGUGUGCGUACCAGGAAAGUGCGCGCGUGAGCACCGGUGAGCAGCGGUGAGCGGAUUUGAGCGGCGAGGUUCGUCGCCUGGUCGCCUCUCCCGUACUGACGUUGCGUGAGAAGAAAGUGCAUUCGCGCGAAGGGGGUUGAAAAGCGAGCAAACCCCGCGGGGAUGAUUUCGUAGAAAGCAGUGAGAGAAUAAAACUGAUCGCUGAGAGAACUUUAGUGUUACAGAAAGAGCGAGAGAGAGAGGAUGAGUGAGCGAGCGAGUUCAGGGGCACCUGCGAGAACACGGUGUGUGCGUUGGAAGACGGUUGCCCAGUCGUUGCCCAGUUGGAGUAACACCUUUGAUGCGUACGCAGCUCUAGCAGACGCCCCCCCCUAGUGGUGCGAGUAGUGUUUUGCAGAAUUAUGAGCGUGCAUUAAGGAAAGCGUUGGGUGUGGAAAAAGAAGCGAUAAAAAAUUCCACCAUUCGCGUGUGUCCGUGUGUGUGAGUGAGUGUUUCUCGCUCGAUCAAGUCAAAGAACGUCUUAGCAUAAGUGAGUGAAAGAGUGUGUGUGUCUGUGUACGGCUGUACGGCACAUUUUAGAUGAGCGAGUUUAGCGUGCGCACGGUGAAGUUGGCUGUACGAUCGAUAAUAGCGGCAAUGGAAGCCAGGAAGUGAAGCUAAAAAUAAUACCCCCCCGAAUAGUAGCGAAUGAGAAUGAAAACGUAUCAUCUGCCACUGCGGUAAAAACAGCAACAUCGGGCAGGAAAAAGGAAGAGUUUGUGUGGCACGAAAGGUCAUUCAGUUGAAGCUGCUCUAUUGCAGUGCAUGAAAACGGCAGCAGUUUGACGAUCUUUUGCAACAUUACGCGAACGGGAGCGAGUGUCUUCGUGGGAUUAUAUUUGAAAUCACUGUGCAAAUACUCGUGAAUUGUGCAUUGCUGUGCGAAAGCUGGCAACAAUAAAUAUUGAGGAUUAAACCAGAAGUCAAUGUGGCGUCAAAAUGGUUAUCGUUACACGGGGUGAUUAUAUUUGGAUCGAGCCCGUGUCCGGACGAGAGUUCGAUGUAGCGAUCGGGGCUCGUGUAAUCUCAGCGGAGGGUCGUCGGAUUCAGGUGCGCGACGACGACGGCAACGAGCAAUGGCUGACGCCGGAGCGACGCAUCAAGGCGAUGCACGCCUCCUCGGUGCAGGGCGUCGAGGAUAUGAUAUCUCUGGGCGAUCUUCACGAGGCAGGCAUUCUGCGGAACCUGCUCAUCCGAUACAACGAAAAUCUGAUCUAUACAUAUACCGGUUCGAUUCUGGUCGCCGUCAACCCGUACCAGAUACUGCCGAUUUACACCGCCGACCAGAUCAAGCUGUACAAGGAGCGCAAAAUCGGCGAGUUGCCACCGCACAUCUUCGCGAUCGGCGACAACUCGUACGCGCACAUGCGCCGGUACGGCCAGGAUCAGUGCAUCGUCAUCUCGGGCGAGUCGGGCGCCGGCAAGACGGAAAGUACAAAGCUGAUCCUGCAGUAUCUGGCCGCGAUCAGUGGCAAACACUCCUGGAUCGAGCAGCAGAUACUGGAAGCGAACCCGAUCCUGGAAGCGUUCGGCAAUGCGAAAACGGUCCGCAACGAUAACUCGUCCCGGUUCGGCAAGUACAUCGACAUCCACUUCAACAGUGCGGGUGUGAUCGAGGGCGCCAAGAUCGAGCAGUACCUGCUGGAGAAGUCGCGCAUCGUGUCGCAGAAUGCGGACGAGCGGAACUAUCACAUCUUCUACUGUCUGCUGGCGGGACUGUCACCAGAGGAGAAGCGUCGCCUAGAUCUGGGACAGGCGUCCGACUAUCGGUACCUGACCGGAGGCGGUUGUAUCCGGUGCGACGGACGCAACGAUGCGGCCGAGUUUGCCGACAUACGGUCGGCGAUGAAGGUGCUGUGCUUUUCCGAUCACGAGAUUUGGGAAAUCUUGAAGCUGCUUGCCGCGCUGCUGCACACCGGCAACAUCAAGUACAACGCGACCGUGAUCGACAAUCUGGACGCGACGGAAAUCCCGGAGCACAUCAACGUGGAGCGGGUGGCGAACCUGCUCGAGGUGCCGCUGCAACCGUUCAUCGAUGCGCUGACGCGCAAAACGCUGUUCGCGCACGGCGAAACGGUCGUGUCGACGCUGUCCCGCGACCAGUCGAUGGACGUGCGGGACGCGUUCGUGAAGGGCAUCUACGGGCGGCUGUUUGUGCUGAUCGUGAAGAAGAUCAAUCAGGCCAUCUACAAGCCGAAGUCGUCGACGCGCAGUGCCAUCGGUGUGCUGGACAUCUUCGGGUUCGAGAACUUCGACCACAACAGCUUCGAGCAGUUUUGCAUCAACUUUGCGAACGAGAACCUGCAGCAGUUCUUCGUGCAGCACAUCUUCAAGCUGGAGCAGGAGGAGUACAACCACGAGAGCAUCAACUGGCAGCACAUUGAGUUUGUGGACAAUCAGGACGCGCUGGAUCUGAUUGCGAUCAAGCAGCUGAACAUUAUGGCGCUGAUCGACGAGGAGAGUAAGUUCCCGAAGGGGACGGAUCAGACGAUGUUGGCGAAGCUGCACAAAACGCAUGGGACGCAUCGGAACUAUCUGAAGCCCAAGUCGGACAUUAAUACGAGCUUCGGGUUGAACCAUUUUGCCGGGGUGGUGUUUUAUGACACGCGCGGGUUUUUGGAGAAGAACCGUGACACGUUUAGUGCCGAUCUGCUGCAGCUGAUUUCGAGCUCGACGAAUAAAUUCCUGCAGCUGGUGUUUGCGGAGGACAUUGGAAUGGGGGCGGAAACACGCAAGCGUACGCCGACACUUUCCACGCAGUUCAAGAAGAGUCUGGAUUCGCUGAUGAAAACGCUCAGCCAGUGUCAACCGUUCUUCAUACGGUGCAUUAAGCCGAACGAGCUGAAGAAGCCGAUGAUGUUCGAUCGGGCAUUGUGCUGCAGGCAGCUGCGCUACUCCGGCAUGAUGGAGACGAUUCGCAUUCGACGCGCCGGCUAUCCGAUACGGCACAACUUCCGCGACUUUGUCGAGCGGUACCGGUUUCUGAUCAAUGGCAUACCGCCGGCCCACCGGACGGACUGCCGGAUGGCAACGUCGAAGAUCUGUGCGACUGUGUUGGGCCGGUCCGACUAUCAGCUGGGGCACACGAAGGUAUUCCUGAAGGAUGCGCACGAUCUGUUCCUCGAGCAGGAGCGUGAUCGGGUGCUGACGCGCAAGAUCCUCAUCCUGCAGCGUUCGAUCCGGGGUUGGGUGUAUCGACGUCGGUUCCUGCGGAUGCGUCAGGCAGCGAUCACGAUCCAGAAGUACUGGAAGGGGUACGCACAGCGCCAGCGCUACAAGAAGAUGCGCAUCGGGUACAUGCGGCUGCAGGCGUUGAUCCGCUCGCGUGUACUGAGCCACCGGUUCCGCCAUCUGCGGGGGCACAUUGUGCGGCUGCAGGCACGCAUCCGCGGGUACUUGGUGCGGCGUGAGUACGGCCACAAGAUGUGGGCGGUGAUCAAGAUCCAGUCGCACGUGCGGCGCAUGAUCGCGAUGAAGCGCUACCACAAGCUGAAGCUCGAGUAUCGGCGCCACCACGAGGCGCUGCGGUUGCGCCGCAUGGAGGAGGAAGAGCUGAAGCAUCAGGGUAACAAGCGGGCGAAGGAGAUAGCGGAGCAGCACUAUCGCGAUCGGUUGAACGAGAUGGAGCGGAAGGAGAUUGAGAUCGAGCUGGAGGAGCGGCGCCGGGUUGAGGUGAAGAAGAACAUUAUCAACGAUGCGGCCCGAAAGGCGGACGAACCGGUCGACGAUAGCAAGCUGGUGGAGGCGAUGUUUGACUUUCUGCCCGAUUCGAGCAGUGAGGCGCCGACACCGCACGGUGGCCGGGAAACGUCCGUGUUUAACGAUCUGCCGGUGAAUGCGGGCAGCCAUGAUGAUAUUAUUGGCCCGAUACACACCAUCUCGGAGGACGAGGAGGAUUUGAGCGAGUUCAAGUUCCAGAAGUUUGCGGCCACCUACUUCCAGGGGAAUAUUACGCACUACUACUCGCGGAAGCCGCUGAAGCAUCCGCUGCUACCGCUGCACACGCAGGGCGAUCAGCUGGCGGCGCAGGCACUGUGGAUUACGAUUUUGCGCUUUACGGGGGAUCUGCCGGAGCCGCGGUAUCACACGAUGGAUCGCGAUAACACGUCCGUAAUGUCGAAGGUGACGGCCACGCUGGGGCGUAACUUUAUCCGCAGCAAAGAGUUCCAGGAAGCGCAGAUGAUGGGGCUGGAUCCGGAGGCGUUCCUGAAGCAGAAGCCGCGCUCGAUUCGCCACAAGCUGGUAUCGCUGACGCUGAAGCGGAAGAAUAAGCUGGGUGAGGAUGUGCGCCGUCGGCUGCAGGAUGAGGAGUAUACGGCGGAUAGUUAUCAGUCGUGGUUGGAGUCACGCCCCACGUCCAACUUGGAGAAGCUACACUUUAUCAUUGGGCAUGGUAUUCUGAGGGCGGAGUUGCGCGAUGAGAUCUACUGUCAGAUCUGCAAGCAGCUCACGAACAAUCCUUCCAAGUCAUCGCACGCUCGGGGUUGGAUCUUGCUGUCGCUGUGUGUCGGUUGCUUUGCACCGUCGGAGAAGUUUGUCAACUAUCUGCGGUCGUUCAUUCGCGAAGGUCCACCGGGCUAUGCGCCGUACUGUGAGGAGCGAUUGAAGCGUACGUUUAACAACGGUACCCGCAAUCAACCUCCCUCGUGGUUGGAGCUGCAGGCUACCAAGUCGAAAAAACCGAUCAUGCUACCGAUCACGUUUAUGGACGGUAACACCAAGACACUGCUGGCGGACUCGGCCACCACGGCACGGGAGCUGUGCAAUCAAUUGUCCGACAAGAUUACGCUGAAAGAUCAGUUUGGCUUUUCGCUCUACAUUGCACUGUUCGAUAAGGUGUCGUCGCUUGGUAGUGGCGGUGAUCACGUGAUGGAUGCCAUCUCCCAGUGUGAACAGUACGCGAAGGAGCAGGGUGCUCAGGAACGGAACGCACCGUGGCGGCUGUUCUUCCGCAAGGAAAUCUUUGCCCCGUGGCACAACCCGAUCGAGGAUCAGGUGGCGACGAACCUGAUCUACCAGCAGGUCGUGCGGGGCGUCAAGUUCGGCGAGUAUCGGUGCGACAAGGAGGAGGAUCUGGCGAUGAUUGCCGCCCAGCAGUACUACAUCGAGUACAGUACGGACAUGUCGAUGGAUCGGCUGUACACGCUGCUGCCCAACUUCAUACCGGACUACUGCUUGACCGGGAUCGAGAAGGCGAUCGACCGUUGGGCGGCACUCGUGCUGACCGCGUACAAGAAGAGCUACUAUCUGAAGGAUAAGGCGGCCGCGCUGAAGGUGAAGGAGGACGUGGUGAGCUACGCGAAGUACAAGUGGCCGCUGCUGUUUUCGCGCUUCUAUGAAGCAUACAGAAACUCUGGUCCAAAUUUGCCGAAGAAUGACGUCAUCAUUGCAGUCAACUGGACGGGGGUGUACGUGGUGGACGAUCAGGAGCAGGUGCUGCUGGAACUGUCCUUCCCCGAGAUUACGGCCGUCUCGAGUCAAAAGACGAACAAGGUGUUUACGCAGACGUUCUCGCUGUCGACGGUGCGGAACGAGGAGUUCACCUUCCAGAGCCCGAACGCGGAGGAUAUAAGGGAUCUGGUCGUGUACUUCUUGGAGGGAUUGAAGAAACGCUCAAAGUAUGUGAUAGCACUGCAAGACUACAAGGCACCUGGUGAGGGGACCAGCUUCCUGUCCUUCCUGAAGGGUGAUUUGAUUAUACUAGAGGACGAAAGCACUGGCGAGACGGUACUGAACUCUGGAUGGUGUAUAGGAUGCUGUGAGCGAACGCAAGAGCGCGGUGACUUCCCAGCAGAGAUCGUCUACGUUCUGCCCACGCUCACAAAGCCUCCACCGGACAUACUGGCCCUGUUUAGCGUUGAAGAUGCCCAUCACGGCAAGCGCCUGAACUCGGUCCACUCGAACGGCAGCACCGAAGGACGCGAUCGUCCGCACAGUUUAGCCGAAUACUCGCUCGAUCACUUCCGACCGCCGCCCAAGCGCACCAUGUCGAAAGCGCUCAGCACACUCAGCUCCAAGGGCCGCGGUGGCGAUGAACUGUGGCGCUACUCGCGCGAACCCCUCAAGCAACCGCUGCUGAAGAAGCUUCUCGCCAAGGAGGAGCUGUCCGAAGAGUCCUGCCUAGCGUUCAUUGCCAUCAUGAAGUACAUGGGAGAUCUGCCAUCGAAGCGACCGCGCAUCGGCAACGAGAUCACCGAUCACAUCUUCGACGGCCCUCUGAAGCACGAGAUACUGCGCGACGAGAUCUACUGCCAGCUGAUGAAGCAGCUGACCGACAACCGGAACCGGCUGUCGGAGGAACGUGGCUGGGAGCUGAUGUGGCUCUCGACUGGGCUGUUUGCGUGCAGCCAGCAGCUGCUGAAAGAGCUGACCCUCUUCCUGCGCACCCGCCGUCACCCGAUAUCGCAGGACUCGCUGCACCGGCUGCAGAAGACGAUCCGGAACGGGCAGCGCAAGUACCCGCCGCACCAGGUCGAGGUGGAAGCGAUCCAGCACAAGACGACGCAGAUCUUCCACAAGGUGUACUUCCCGGACGACACGGACGAAGCGUUCGAGGUGGAUUCAUCGACCCGGGCGAAAGACUUUUGCCACAACAUCUCGCAGCGGCUGAACCUGCGCUCGAGCGAGGGCUUCAGCCUGUUCGUGAAGAUCGCCGACAAGGUAAUCUCAGUGCCAGAGGGAGACUUCUUCUUCGACUUUGUGCGCCAUCUGACGGACUGGAUCAAGAAGGCGCGGCCGACGCGGGACGGCUCGAACCCGCAGUUCACGUACCAGGUGUUCUUCAUGAAGAAGCUGUGGACGAACACGGUGCCGGGGAAGGACAAGAAUGCGGACCUGAUCUUCCAUUAUCAUCAGGAGCUGCCGAAGCUGCUGCGCGGGUACCACAAGUGCUCGAAGGAGGAGGCGAUCAAGCUGGCGGCGCUGGUGUAUCGAGUACGGUUCGGGGAGAGUAAACAGGAGCUGCAAGCAAUACCACAAAUGCUUCGCGAGCUGAUACCGUCCGACCUGAUCAAGCUGCAGAACGUGAACGACUGGAAGCGAUCGAUCGUGGCGGCGUACAAUCAGGAUGCCGGUAUGUCACCGGAGGAUGCCAAAAUUACCUUCCUGAAGAUCGUGUACAGAUGGCCAACGUUUGGUUCGGCAUUCUUCGAGGUAAAGCAGACGACCGAGCCGAACUAUCCGGAGAUGUUGCUGAUCGCGAUCAACAAGCACGGCGUUAGCUUAAUACAUCCCACGUCCAAGGACAUCUUGGUAACGCAUCCGUUCACGCGCAUCUCGAACUGGUCCUCCGGCAACACCUACUUCCACAUGACGAUCGGCAAUCUGGUGCGCGGCUCGAAGCUGCUGUGCGAAACCUCUCUCGGCUACAAGAUGGACGAUCUGCUCACGUCCUACAUUUCGCUCAUGCUGACCAACAUGAACAAGCAGCGCACGAUUCGUGUCAAGUAAAAACGGGGGAAAAAAGGUGCAUCCGCUCCGCGUUUCAGUACAGUUCCGUCCAAAAUGGAAGAAAAAGGGCAGCCGGUGGUGCUGGCAUAGUACUUUUAGAGGGUUUUUUUUCGUUUUUCGUUUUAGUGUUUUGCAAUCGAAAGUGGAGCUGGCUGUUGCAAAAAAACAUAGCACAUACACGUAAAUUAGCACAAAAUAUUUAUCACGAUCGUUAAGCAGUAAGAAAAACUCUCCCGGGUAAGGAUGAUACUGACGGUGUCGAUGGUGGAGGUGGUUGUGGUGAUCGUUCGCCCUCCGUUUUGGAAACGAUCCACUACCAACGAACCAACCACGGUGGGACUCCACACGGGAGACAAACAUUGUUGAUUAAUGCGCAAAAAAAAAAGAAAAGCUAGGAAACACUAAGAAAACACGGUAGUUUGUUAGUUCUUGUUCUUUGCCUUCUCUUCGUAGUUAGAAUUAUUUUAUUCAUCUAGUUUUACGCAAACGCACGACAGCAGGAGGGGAUGAAAAAUGGGGCUGAAUUCUCUAAAUUUUAAAUCAAAACAAAUGGCAUUUGGUAGUUUUUAUACAUUCAAGCGUGUUCGUGUUUGCUUUUAGAAGGUGUGUGUGUGUAUGUGUGCGUUGGGCACGGAUGUACAGAGGGAAACGCGAACGGCGCGUUAGAGGGAAAGCUGGUUUUGCGUAGCACACAUCCUCAUUAGCUGUUAAGGAGUUUAAGUUUUUCUUCCCCUUUGCUUAGCACACACUCAAUCACACUUGCAUAGAAUGGCUUCCCUUUAGAAAGAAAUAGAAAAGAACCACGGCAAGAGGCAUUAAAACGCGCACAAUCAAACAGCCGUGUGGUGGGUGUGUGUGUGUGUGUGCGCUGAGUUUCCGUGCUUUUUUUCUCUAUCGUCUUCGUAGAACGGUUUAUUAUGAUAGAUUAAUGGUGCGCGCGCUGCUUGAUAGUAAUUAUUAUUGAGGUGUAAUUGAGUUGUAAUUGAGCAUUAUUUUCUUUUAUACCGCUGCCGAUAUGAUGUAGCACGGUGGGUGUGUAUGAGGAAGCGAGGCAGAAGCGACGGCAACGGGCAGACAGUACGGCGGUGGUUUAGUAAGUGUCCUUAUGUAUGAUUAUUAUACGAGCAUGGUGCGCCGGUGUUGUUAGAACGUUUGAAUGGCAGUUAUUAGUUACUUAUUUCUGAGAUCGAACUCUAUGCAAUAAAUACAGACACAAGUGACAAA